GAACACCGGUGUCAAAGUAAGGAGGACCAAACUGCCCAAACACACACCGACACACGCCACCAGCACCUCCUCCCCCGGCACACACCAGAUACAUCAUACCUGAACAUAAGAAUGCGCCCCCCUCGCCCACCCUUCUUCAUCCUCCAAGGCUCCAGUCCACCACCUACAAUUCGUAGUCUCGACCAUUCCUUCUCUUCUCGCUCACACAGGAGAAGGAGGAGACUAAGAGCAGAGCAGAGGGAGGCGCGCUCCUGUGCACUGCAAUCAAGGGCUUAAACUUCAGACUAGCAGACGCAUCAGGUGGCCAAGAUGACUGCCGGUUUCCAGCUUGGUGUCAUCGGGUCUCUCACGCUCUCCGUGGCAUCAUCGGUCGCCAUUGUCAUCUGCAACAAAGCCCUCAUCAGCACACUUGGCUUCCCAUUCGCUACAACAUUAACAAGCUGGCAUCUCAUGGUGACCUUCUGCACCCUUCAUGUGGCGCAGCGCAUGCGCUUCUUUGAGCCCAAGGCGAUCGAUGGACACACAGUGAUACUAUUCGGGUUACUGAAUGGCACCUCGAUUGGACUUCUCAACCUUAGCUUGGGAUUCAACUCCAUUGGAUUCUACCAGAUGACAAAGCUAGCAAUCAUACCUUUCACAGUGCUGUUGGAAACAAUCUUCCUGAAGAAAAGAUUCAGUGAGAGCAUCAAGUUUUCUCUGCUGGUCUUGCUGCUUGGAGUUGCCAUUGCUUCUGUUACUGAUCUCAAGCUAAAUCUCCUUGGGUCUGUUCUUUCUGGGCUCGCCAUCGCCACUACGUGCGUUGGCCAAAUUCUCACAAAUACGAUACAGAAGAAGUUGAAAGUCACCUCAACACAGCUUCUGUACCAGUCUGCACCUUACCAAGCGGCAAUUUUGUUUGCAACUGGCCCCUUCGUGGAUCAACUCCUUACCAACCGUAGCGUCUUCGCCCAUAAAUACUCUGCUCCAGUUGUGGGGUUCAUCGUUAUGUCUUGUUUGAUUGCGGUGUCAGUGAACUUCAGCACGUUCCUCGUGAUCGGCACGACGUCGCCAGUGACUUACCAGGUACUAGGGCACCUGAAGACAUGCCUGGUUCUGUCAUUCGGCUACACCCUGCUGCACGACCCCUUCACCAUGAGGAACAUAUUGGGCAUCCUCGUCGCCAUAUUCGGGAUGGCUCUCUACUCCUGCUUCUCGGUGAUGGAGAGCAAGAGGAAGUCAGCAGGCGACGCCCUUCCGGUGUUAUCACAGAUGCCAGAGAAGGAGACCGAGCCACUCUUGGAAACCAAGGACAGUGGCGACACCAAGAAGGCAAACGGCUGCUGAAUAUCUUGUCUUGUUUAUUCUAGCGCGCCCAGCUCUAGCACCAGGCAUGUACACCUACUCUUUUGUAGAGGCCAGGAAAGGAAAUGUACUUCUGGUAUCUGUUCAGCGGGUAUAUAAAUUUGGCAUGUCAGUUACAUACGGUACUCUCUUUAGACAGACGUACGGCUCAACGUGGCCGAAACCGAAAUUAAUUACGAGUAUAUGGAAGCGGGGUUGUUUGGAUCAA